CACGCAUCGCAGCUGGACCUUCGAACAUCCCAUGGCCUUUCGGCUGCUGAGUGGCGAGCCGGUGAGCUGUGAGAGUGAGCUCGGGACCUAUGGAAGCUCCAUCGUCGUUGGUGAAGUACGUGCUGUGCUGGCACGACACCUAUGCUUGGAGUUAGAGCGAGUGCAGCUGGUCUCCGUCGGUGCUUUGUUGGAGGACAAUGACACACUUGUCAUGGAAGACAGCUGUAUCACCGUACAGGUGAUGCCGGAUCCUUUGGAAGCCCAAUUCGCCAGUGCCCUGGGCGUGGAGCACUUCACCGACCUUCUAAAGGAACCGUGCAUCCGAGUCCACGGUGCACAACUCAUGGAUCUUCCCAGGGGCAUUGGCCAGCUCAAAGACCUCGAAGAACUCAUCUUGAGCUCCAGUCCGCUGAAAGAGCUUCCUGAGACUUUGGGACAGUUGUCAAAGCUGCGAGACCUGCGGGUGGACACGAGCCAGCUCAUCUCGCUUCCAAGAAGCAUUGGCCAGAACUUGGCCUUGAGGGAGCUUCAUUUGAGCUCCAAUGAGCUCCAAACACUGCCCAGGAGCAUCGGAGAGCUGCAGCAACUUGAGACGCUGAAUCUCGUCCACAACGAGAUCUGGUAUUUGCCCGAUGAAAUCGGUAAACUGCGGAGUCUUCGAAAGUUGCAUUUGGGGUCCAAUCGCCUGCGCCAACUUCCUGAAAGCCUUGGGCGCCUCUCUUUGCUGCAGGAGCUUUACCUGGCACGUAAUGAGCUCGAGACCUUGCCCGACAGCUGCUGUGAGUUGGGAGAACUUCAGAUGAUGCAGUUGGGCAACAACCCGCUGACCGCUCUGCCCGAAGCCUUAGGUCAGCUCCAGGCCUUGCAGGAGCUGCAUGUGGGCGAAGCUGGCUUAGAGGCGCUGCCAGACAGCAUAGGCAAACUCUUUCAAAUCUCACAGCUCUACCUUGCGAAGAACAAACUAAAGGCCUUGCCAGAUAUUUUUGGCCUCACAGGACUACAGAAGUUGUCAUUGCGUGAGAAUUGCCUGGAAAAGCUGGAGGAAAGCUUUUGUAGCUUGCAAAGCCUGAAAAAAUUGUUCCUUGAUUCGAACUUCCUCCGAGAGCUUCCAGAGCGCUUUGGAGAUCUGAAGGCUUUGGAGGAGCUUCAUCUCACUGACAACAACUUAUCCGAGAUCCCAGAAAGCUUUGGAAAGCUCUCCAAUCUUCAGGAGCUCCGCUUGGCAGCAAAUCAGCUGAGCACCCUUCCUGAGAGCAUUGGACAGCUAAGCGAGUUGAAGGAGUUGUUCCUGGGCUUCAACCCAUUGGAAUCUUUGCCGGAAAGCAUGUCGGCCCUAACGGCUUUGGAGGAGUUGCACUUGCAGACCACCAAGCUCACAGAAUUGCCGAAUUGCGUUGCUGAAUUGAAGCAGAACACAGGCAUUAUCGUCGUGUCGGAGUGCUGAGCCGUUUUAGAGCGCUGGAAAAGAUGCCGCUUUUGAAGAGCCCACUUUGAGCAGAGUAGGGGGAUGGGUGAUGAGCCUCAAGCAGGUGUUUUUCUUGCAUAUAUGUAUAUAUAUAUACAUACAGUAAGGUGUAGUUGACAGUUU